CUGGCGCAUCGCAUCGCCUCUCAUCUUCUUCCUGUACCAACAUCCAUCUCGCUUCUCACUCAACUAGCCAUACAUUAUCAUGUCAUCCGAACCCAAGACCUACGUAUCCGGGGGACGCGUUCUCGCAAGUCCCCCCAUCACGGUCCGAAUCAUCCGCUUCGUCGAGAACAUCUACCUCUUCCUUGGACUGUACUUUGUCAGCCUAUUCUCGCUGGAUCCCUACACCGCGGCACAGAACUCCCGAUUCAACGUUACUCGGUCAGGAAAGACCCCCGAUACCCGUGCUCGCUGGGGCAGUGGAGGCGGAGGUGGAGGCGGAUCAUGGGGUCCAGGAGGUGGUGGUGGGCCGGGAGGACCUGGUAGGAGAAUCGGUCGGGUAGAUGAUAUCCGUGGCCCGGAAUGUAAGAGCUGUGGUUAAUGCUGGGAAUGUGAUACUGAAGAGGGACUUGGAAAACAAUAUAUGGUGGACUGAAUGGAUGGGAGUUUGAUAGGGCGCUUUAUUGAUUGUAUUAGGGACUGAACAACGGAAUGGACUUGUGAAUGGUUUUCUUAUGAUAGAUGAGAUGUGUAGGGAGUAGAUCUGGCUUAUGGAAGGGUCAACUGCGAUAAUAUGCGUAAUCGUAAGUUGUGAUGGUUUCAGAGAGAGGUAUUUCCCCAAUCAAGCGGUGAUCAGCGACGCCUUUGAU